AUAAAGUGUUAAAAUAAAGUGUUAAAUCAACACCAAACAGAUUGGAUUUGACACCAAAAGUGUCGGUUUUAAAUAAGAGUUGGUGUCAUUUUGCGUUGUUGCAAACAUAACUCUUGUCUGGAGUUAACCAAGCCACACCUUCGUUUACCCUCAACUGUCGUUUUGACUGAGCCAGAGUCCAGAACACAUGCAAGCGCCAUUUUACUUCUGUGGAAGAGUCAAGAGUGGAGUUCAGAGGUAAAAUCAUGAUAGUCAAAGCACAAUUUCGAAAUCAGAAGAAGUUCAUAAAAAUCCCAGAGGCGUGCUUUGAUACAUUUAUAGCAGAAGUGAAAGAGAAGUUUUCAAUACAGGAAGACCUUGCAGUUACAGUUACAGAUGACACUGGCACAGAGGUGGAUAAAGAUGUGUUUCCUGAUUUAAUGACCACCAGUGGGUUGGUUUUUGUCAUACAUGAAUUGAAUGACAUUGGACCUUCCACACCUCAAUCUUCAGUCAGCUUGGAUACAGAUACACUGUCUCUAACUUCAAAAAGCAGUGAGGACAGUGAAUGGCUUAGUCCAAAACGAUUCAGGAUGGAUGGUGAUGAGGAUUCUCAAAGCUUACAGGCUAGAGAUUUUAUAAAAGAAAUUCUACAGACAAGACCAGGUGGAGCAAAUGUGCUUAAGGAGUUUGAAGAUACAGGGACAAUUAGCGAUGACAUGAGAAAACAGAUGGUGAACAUCUUGGUUGCACACAUGAUUGAGACAGAAGGGAGAGUCCCACAUCGACUUACCAAACAGAAGUAUGGUUUGGGAAUUAUCACCUUGUUUCCCUCACUCAGAGAUCCCCAAGGGAGAACUGGAUAUGAACAUUUUUAUGAUGGCCAAAAAAACACUGGAUUCUUGUCAUGGCGCCUCAAGACUGUACAAAGGGGGACAAAACCUUCUGCAAAUAAGGAUGAUCCAAAAACAGAAGAAAAGGGAGGCCCUUUGCUUGACAGACAGCUGUGCCACCAUGAAGAUCAGCUAGAUAAUGACCAAAGUGUAGAGGCUAUCUCCUUGAUGAAUCAUACAAGUGACCGUGAGGUCAUCAUGCAGAAGAUGAGGGCCACGUUUGAAUACAGACAGCGCCUUAUCCAUGAUCCAGAGAGAUCCACCACAAUUCUCUCAGUUUUUCCUCGAUUCCUGGAUACUAAAGGAUUGAUUCAUCAGGACUUCACGCUCCUCUUUGGGUCAGAAACUGCUUCCCGACUUUUUGAACGGUGGCCAACUGUUUUCAAAGCAAAGGUUAUCAGGCUAGCAGAAACCUUGACUUCCACUCCACUGCUGAAAAGAUUACUGUCAUCUUCCAGAGAGAAAAGGGAGGAACUGGAUUCCCCAGAAUGGGACAGUGACAUAUCAUCCUUCCUUCUUCUACUGCAUCUCUUGUCACCCCAGGCUUCAGGAAGAAAGAAAGCCAACAGAAUCAGUAUUUCUCAGGCUGUUGACCACGUGUUGGUAUUUCAAAAAGCAUGCCGGAGUAUACAGGAACAUCUUGAGGCAGAAGAGAAUCGUCAACCCUACAUUCUUGCCACAGGGAGCAGCAAGGAAGCCAUCAGUCAGUUCUUCAUUGUGGUUGAUAAAAAGCUCAUCCCCUGUCAAGAAUCCUCUUCACUUGCAGCAAUUGAUGAACUCUUCAAGGUCCAUUUUGUUUUCAGUAUCACUUAUGAUCUUCCACUCAAAAAUAUGUACACUUUUCUCCAGACUACAGUCUACAGAAUUGAUGUUGGCACUACAAGUGAGAGCCCAAGGGUGAAGGAGCUCAGAGCUAAGUUACUGAAUGAUGUUUAGAUGCUACAUCUGUAAAACGCUGCUUGCUACAACUGUAAAACUAAUUCGGCACCUUAAACUUGUACAUGGUUUGUAUCCUGGCAAGAAAUUUGAGCUGGUUUGUGCUCAGGAUGGUUGUUCCUUGCAAUUUAAAAGUUAUGCUGGGUUUAGAAAACAUUUAAUUAGAUUUCAUUGUAGCAGUGUAGCAUCAAGCAGUGAGAAUGUAUCACAACAAAAUCAACAAGCUCCAAAUCCCGAUGAAGCAGCAUCACUUGUUGUGUCUGACACAGAACAAAGUUCAGGUAAUGAUGCAAUUUUGCAUGAAUGUUCUUCUGUUUCAAGGGAUUGUUCCAGGGAAAUGUGUGCCUCUAUAAUAGCUAAAUUGCAGGGUAGUGGUGUUGCAAACAGUGUUAUUAUGUCAGUUGUUGAAAGCAUGGAGGAUUUUGUUACUGAUUUCCAUACAAGUCUAAGAGAAAAAAUUUUAAACGUUGUGCCUGUUGAAAGCACAAGUAGAAGUUCAGUUGAAGAUGUUUUUAAUAAUUUUCAUAAUCCAUUCACCGAUUUUAAUACCGAUACAAAAUGGAGAAAAUAUUUCAUUGAGAAAUGGGGGGUUGUUGAACCUACUGAAAUAGUCUUAGGUGUCAGAUACGAUACAAGAAAGAACAAGAUCUCUGGAAUGUAUGAACAGAUUCCAGUUAAUGACACUUUCAUAUAUAUCCCUCUUCUGAAGACUCUUGAAUUCAUUUUCAGGAAUAAAGAAGUGUGUAAUCUUUUUCAAGAGAAACGGCAAAGUGACAUGUAUCGAGAUUUUUGUGACGGACAGUAUUACAAAAACCAUGCUUUGUACUCCAUCCAUUGCAAUGCACUUCAGAUCCAAAUUUACUACGACGAUUUCGAAACUGCAAACC